UCUCUAUCCCACUCUCUCGUCUCUGUGCUUUGUAAGGUAGGUUGCAGUGUGUGUAUAUACACAACAUCAAGAUCUUGGGAAUGGCUUCAUUAGAGGGAGAGACAGUCAUUACCAGUUAUACUCUAGUUCCUGGGAGCCUCCAAUUAUGAAACGAGAAACUCAGCUCUUGGGGACAAGCACGGGGAAGCAGUGUUAGCAAGCAGCGCUGAUUCAGACCCUCGCAGUACCCAAGGCAAGAGUGCCCGGAGAUACGUUCGGAUGCUGAAAUCACUUCACCUUAACAAAACAGACAGAUAAGCAGCUCGACAGCAUGCACUGACAUCGGCCUGGAUAUAAUUCACUAAAAGACUCGACAAGGACGGGCUGCUGCUCGGUGUGAACCCUUUCUUGGUGAAAGCGGUGACAGCGGAAGGAUUGGCCGGUUCAUCCAUGUUCAUGAUACAGCGAAUAAGAGUGGGAAGUAAAGUGAGGUCUGUGUUCAGAUGCUCAGACCUGCCGCAUUAAUCAGCCUCCUCAAUGCUGCCGCUCUCACAUCCGGUCACAAAUGAUUAUCUGCACUAAACCUGAGACUAGGAGUGACUUACCUGAGGAGUGAAACCAUUUAAUAACUACUGAAGACGCUGCGGACAGCUGAAAACCAGAAGGCGUCUGUGGAGAAUGAGAUUACUCAGCCAGGAGGAGGCCGCGCCAACCUGGGCCAUCCCUGCCAGAACUUUGUAGCUUUGUGUUCCGGUGCCCAGUCUCAUCCACUAAACACAUUCAGCAUCAAGCAUCCAAUCACUACGCGUGUACACACAGACCGAGUCACCUGAUUGUGAUAUCAGUUGCAAGGGGAUGACAGAGCGCAUUCACAGCAUCAACCUUCACAACUUCAGCAAUUCCGUGCUCGAGACACUAAACGAGCAGCGCAACCGUGGCCACUUCUGUGACGUGACGGUGCGUAUCCACGGAAGCAUGCUGCGGGCCCACCGCUGCGUGCUGGCCGCUGGGAGUCCAUUUUUCCAGGACAAACUGCUCUUAGGAUACAGUGACAUCGAAAUCCCCUCCGUGGUGUCUGUCCAUGCCGUGCAGAAGCUGAUUGACUUCAUGUACAGCGGAGUGCUGCGGGUCACACAGACCGAGGCCCUUCAGAUCCUAACAGCUGCCAGCAUUCUGCAGAUAAAAACUGUCAUAGACGAGUGCACGCGAAUUGUCUCACAAAAUGUAGGAGGGGUGUACGCCCUGAUACAGGACUCUGGCCAGGAGACACCCAGAGGAACUCCAGAAUCUGGAACAUCUGGGCAAAGCAGUGACACCGAAUCUGGCUACCUGCAGAGUCACCGGCAGCACAGCGUAGACAGGAUCUACUCUGCUUUGUACACAUGCUCCAUGCAGAAUGGCAGUGGAGAGCGUUCCUUUUACAGUGGUGCUCUUGUAAGCCACCAUGAGACUGCUAUAGGGCUACCUAGACAACGUCAUAUGGAGGAACCUAGCUGGAUCACACGCAUUCACGAACGCUCCCAAAGGAUGGAGCGAUAUCUCUCCACGACUCCAGAGACCAGCCAUUGCCGAAAGCAGCCUCGCCCGCUCCGAAUUCAGAAACCACCGGAUGAUAUACACAUCAAGCAAGAGGUGGAGGACGACUAUGACUACUAUGGCCAACAAAGACUGCAGGGCAUAGAGCGAAAUGAGUCGGAAGAGUGCACUGAAGACACUGAUCAAGCUGAAGGCACAGAAAGCGAACCGAAAGGGGAGAGCUUUGACUCUGGAGUAAGCUCAUCAAUUGGCACAGAGCCCGACUCUGUAGAGCAUCAGUACAUGCCUGUUCUCAGCCGAGAGUGUCAGCAGGAACCUUCCCAAGCAGAGUCCAAAUAUUUAUCUUCAGAAUGCAUGGAAAACCAGAACCAACAGCACUUGGAUAACAGCUCUUCCUCCCCGGAGAGGAGCAACAAUGUUGAUAUGGACAGCACAGUGGUCAGUGUUAAUAAUAGCACCGAAAAGGAGGUCAUAAAGACUUCUGUCUCACAAGCUUUGCCAACCACUCAGAUCUACUUACGCCCAACAGAAACACACACCAGCAAUUUAAGAAUGCCAAUAACCCUGACCAGUAAUACCCAGGUCAUUGGCACAGCUGGCAACACCUACCUUCCCACUCUCUUUACAACACAGGCAGCAGGGAGUGGGCCCAAACCUUUUCUUUUCAGCUUGCCCCACACUAUACCUGGGCAGCAAACCCAGUUUGUGACAGUUCCCCAAAGUGGAUUAUCUACAUUUGCUACCCAGCUUCAAACACCUCCACCUCAAGUAGGACACAGCACAGCAAGUGGACAGGGAGAAAAGAAGCCUUACGAAUGCACCCUCUGCAACAAAACAUUCACCGCCAAGCAGAACUACGUAAAGCACAUGUUUGUACACACAGGAGAAAAGCCCCACCAAUGCAGCAUCUGCUGGAGGUCCUUCUCGUUAAAGGAUUAUCUAAUCAAACAUAUGGUGACGCACACUGGCGUGAGGGCCUAUCAGUGUAGUAUCUGCAACAAGCGCUUCACCCAGAAGAGCUCCCUCAAUGUGCACAUGCGCCUCCAUCGGGGUGAAAAAUCCUAUGAGUGCUACAUUUGCAAGAAAAAGUUCUCUCACAAAACCCUGCUCGAAAGGCAUGUGGCUCUCCAUAGUGCUACCAAUGGAACUGCCAGCAUCCCAGUCCCUGUUCCAUCUACAGGUUCAACGCCAGGUUCAGCUCAGGCUCCUGUUUCCAUCCCAGGACAGGGUAAUGGGGCCAUACCAUGCCCUGAGGGAACAACGUACGUUUGCUCAGUCUGUCCAGCUAAGUUUGACCAAAUGGAGCAUUUUAACGACCAUAUGAGAAUGCACGUUUCAGACGGAUAAAUAUCAUCCA